AUGGGGGCAGCGGCCGAGGUGGGGAGCUUCGCCAACGGUUUUCUGGACAGCUUUGGUGCCCCCGGUGCCGCUACGGCUCCUGUUGGCUCCCAUUUCGUGCUCACCCCAGCCGGGGCGGUGGACUACAACUCGGUAAACGGACUGGGGGUGAUGAUGGGGGCGCAGGGGCAGCAGCAGGAGCACCUGGUGUCCGCGGAGAGGCUGUCCCGGAGCCUGGCGGACCUCAGCCAUUUGAAGGGGAUCCUGAGGCGGCGGCAGCUCUACUGCAGGACCGGCUUCCACCUGGAGAUCCGUCCCGACGGCACCGUGCAGGGCACCAGGAAGGACCACAGCAGAUUCGGUAUUCUGGAGUUCAUCAGUCUAGCCGUGGGACUGGUCAGCAUCAGAGGGGUGGACAGUGGCCUCUACCUUGCCAUGAACAGCAAGGGAGAACUGUAUGGAUCGGAAAAACUAUCAGCAGAGUGUGUGUUUCGGGAGCAAUUUGAAGAGAACUGGUACAACACCUACUCCUCCAACAUUUACCGACAUGGGGAGAGAGGUGCAUUUUACUUUGUCGCUCUCAAUAAAGACGGGACGUCCAGGGACGGAGCGAGGUCGAGGCGACAUCAAAGGUUCACACACUUCCUACCAAGGCCCGUGGAGCCAGACAGGGUACCGGAGCUGUACAGGGACAUACUGGGCCAGAGCUGA